GCGCGCCCCCGCCUCUCGCGUACCUGUACCCCCAGGUGGGCAGCAGGGCCUGCCUCAGGUGCGCGCGCAGCUGCCCCAGCGUUGGCUCCGCUUGGGGAAUCUCCAGCGGCCAGGUCCGCUUCUGCAGCCGGACCCGCAGCUUCAUGGCGGCCACAGGAGGGCCCAGGGGCCGGGACCCCGAGGCGGCGACGGUGACGACGGCGCGGCCGGUUAGCUCCCGUCUCAAGCGGCGGCAGCCCCGGAGCGGCGACUGCCGGAGCUAUGCGGAUGCUGAGAUGUAACGGCGUGAAGGCCCCGCCAGGCCGGUCUCUGGAACAUGAGUGCCCCACCCCCUCUCUUGAGUGCACCCCCUCUCUUGAGUGCGCCCCCUGGAGCCCACCCCGCGAGCAAGCUGCUGGUGGCCUGCGUGGAGCCAGGCCGCUCGGGAACUCGCGAUCGAUGACUCGGCGCGCGACAGCGCCCCCUGGGAGCCCUAGGAGCACACUGCGCAGGCGCCCAGACUGCUGCAAGGCGCGGAUAUCGGGGCUCUUCUGCUUUGUCGCUGUGUCACCUCUUUCCAGUUGUGCCAGGAGAACGUUAACGCUGAAAGGGAUGCUGCAGACAAAACUACUCGGCACUCCGCAAGGCCCAGGUGUACCUGGUUCUUACCCCAUUUCCUCCGUGGUGCCCGGCUCCAGCACCAUACGUUCUGAGAAACCUUAGGUUGAGCCCAGGCUCUGGUAGUUUCUCCCCUUACAGCAAAAUUAAAACAACUUGUAGUCAGUGAUCUGUGUCGAAGAGUAUGUUAGUAAUCUGUCGCUGCAUAACAAUCACCCCAAAGCUUAACAGCUUAAGACAACAAACAUUUAUUGUCUCACAGAUUCUACAGUGCAGGAGUUUGGGCUGGGCUUGGCUGGUUGUGUCGUGGUCUCUCAUGAGAUUACAGUCAAGGUGUGGGUCAGGGCUGGAGUAUCUCAAUCACAUGACUGUUGGUGGAGGCCUCGGCUUUUCACUGCAUGGACCUCCCAUCGGGCCACUUGGGUGUCCCAGUGACAUCCUCACUUCCCACAAAGCCGGCGAUCCCAGAGAGACCAAGGCAGAAGCCACAAUGUCUUGAAUGAUCUCAUCUCGGUAGUCACACACCAUCACUUCGCUCACAUUCUGUUGAUCACAAUCCAAGCCUUCAGUGUGGGAGAAUCUACACAAAGGGCUGAGUACCAAGAGAGAGGGAUCAUUGGGGGCCAUCUGGGAGUCUGGCUACCACAGAGGGCCUGGCAAUAAUGGUGAGGAUGAUGACUUAGGUGAGGAACAAAGUAUCAUCAAGUUUCAUCCUUGUAUGAUAACCAUUUUCCAAAUCAUAAAAGAGUUGAAUAAAGUUUCUCCCAAUAGGUGGCAGUGCUUUUCCACACUGACCUUCGUUCAUUAAGUAAGUGUGUAUGGAUCACCCGCUUUGUGCUAGCUAUUGUCCUAGGUGCUGAGAAGACACGUGCCUACCCGUGCAGAGCUUACAGCAGCUGAGUUCAAGCCUCAAGUGGAAAGCACAUCGAUUUCAAAGGCAGAGGGAAUCAAAGGUGCUCCCCGGCUUUGGAUACUUCCUCUGCUUGAGAGUCUGUCAAAGCUCUCCUUCAUGAGUGGUAACGAUGUGUACAAAGAUGGUCCAAGUCCUCUGGGGAUGUUUCCUCCUGUGGAAUCUCUACAUCUCAUCCGCUCAGACCAUUUACCCUGGAAUCAAGGCGAGGGCUACUCAGAGAGCUCUGGACUAUGGCAUUCAAGCUGGGGUGGAGAUGAUUGAGCAAAUGGUCAAGGAAAGAAAAAUCCCAGAUUUAAAAGGUUCUGAAUCUCCUAAAUUUCUGAAAAUUGAUUAUAUGAACUACAAGCUUAUAAACAUAAAAAUCAAUGCCUUUUCACUUCCAAAUACUUCACUAGCCUUUGUGCCUGGGGUGGGAAUCAGGGCCCUGAUCAAGCACGGCACUGCCAACAUCAGCACAGACUGGGAAAUCAAGUCUCCACUUUUCCAAGACACAGGAGGAGCUAACUUGCUUCUCUCUGGGGUCUACUUCACCGGUAUACUUGUCCUGGCCCGGAAUGACUUUGGUCACCCAGUCCUGAAGCUCCAAGACUGCAAUGCCCAAGUGAGCCGCAAUGACAUCUCGUUUUCUGGAGAGCUCAGUGUCCUAUAUAACUCCUUUGCUGAGCCCAUGGAGAAACCCAUUCUAAAGAACUUAAAUAAAAUGCUCUGUCCCAUUAUCACAAGUGAGGUGGAGGCACUGAAUGCCAACCUCAGCAUGCUGGAGGUUUUAAGAAGCGUUGACAACUAUACCCUGCUGGAUUAUUCCCUAAUCAGUUCUCCAGAAAUUACUGAGAAUUACAUUGAUCUGAAUUUGAAGGGCGUAUUCUACCCCCUGGAAAACCUCACAGAUCCCCCCUUCUCAUCAGUUCCUUUUGUGCUCCCGGAACACAAUGACUCUAUGAUCUACAUUGGAAUCUCCGAGUAUUUCUUUAAAUCUGCGUCCUAUGCUUAUUUUACAGCUGGGGCUUUCAACGUCACUCUCACCACAAAAAAGAUUUUCAACCAUUUGAUUCGCAACUCUCAAGGCCUUGGCAACAUGCUCUCCUGGAUUGCAGAGCUGUACAUCUUGUCCCAGCCCUUCAUGGUACAGGUCUUGGCAAGAGAGCCUCCCGUGGUCAAUUUAUUACCGGGUAACUUCACCCUAGACAUCCCUGCCUCCUUCGUGAUACUCACCCAGUCCAAGAACUCGACUGCAGAAACCGUCCUUUCCAUGGACUUUGUUGCUAGUACCAAUGUUGCCCUGGCUAUUUUGGGACAAAGAUUGAUCUGCUCUUUAUCUCUGAACAGAUUCCGCCUCUCUUUGCCAGAGUCCAUUCGCAGCAAUAUUGAGGUCUUCAGGUUUGAGAAUAUUCUGUCUUCCAUUCUCCACUUCGGAGUCCUCCCACUGGCCAAUGCAAAAUUGCAGCAAGGAUUUCCUCUGCCCAAUCCACACAAAAUCUCACUCGUCAAUUCAGAUAUUGAAGUUCUUGAGGGUUUCCUUUUGAUUUCCACUGACCUGAAGUAUAAAACGUCCUUAAAGCAGCAGUCAAGUUUCCAUGGUUGGGAAGCUCUGAACCUGAUAAGUGGACGGUGGAGGGGGAAGCCAGCCCCUUGGUUGCCUGUUUGGAGUCCACUCCAGGAAGUAAAUCGCCCUUAAUCCCACAGCUCCUGUAAAGCCAGAGCAGGAAAGUGGUACACACAGGAAUUGUAAAGCCAUUGUGAAUUGCUGGAAGUUUUCUUUUUCAAGCCCUCAUGGAUGUAGAGGGAGGCAAACUGGGUGAAAGGGCUCAGUCAGGAUGUGUGUGUUCCCAUGUGUGUGGAGGGGUAUAUGUUUGAAUGUGUGUUCAUGUUUGAGUGCAUGUUGUAUGUUCCUGUGUCUGUGAGAUUCUGGGGCCAAGAGUGAGGCAUGUACUUCUAAGGAGGUGCAUGAGAAACUCUCAAAUACAGAUUUGCAUCAGUUGUUAUCAGCGGAGAUCCCUUCAGCCCCUUCAGCUCUCUAGAGUUCCCCCCUCCCUGCAUAUUGG